GCGGAUAAUUCCAUUGAUCCGAACAAACUUAUGAAAGCGAAGUAAGAGCGUGACGUAACCACGUGAUUCACAAUUGGUAAUUCCUAAUGGAUGUUGAACUCUCGAAGACAAAUACCUUCCUAGGUUACGUUGAUUCUAAUUCAAUUCCUCUUUCUAUAAAAUGGGUAGCAUCUUCAUUGGAAGCAGAAGCCAGCGCUAGCAUCACCUGCUUAAUUAGCUAUAGGAAGGCUGCCUCUGCUGCUAAAAGAGACUGAAAACUAUUGCAUAAGUAUUAUCAUCAGAGCAAUGGGAGGAACCAAGGAAAUUUUGUGUUCAGCCCCAGCGGAUCUGUUCCCUUCAAAAUCUUUGCUUUGUAACAAUUUUGUUCAUCAGCAGCAAAACAGCCUUUCUCCUUUUACGUCUACAUUUAAUACGUGCAAGAGGAGAGCAGUGCAACUGAGAAAGGUUAUGGCAGUUGCUCCUGCUGUUCCCAUGCAGACUCUCAUUGAGCUUGAUUCCACCAAGGUUACCCCGGAAAUUCCAGUGCAAUUCACGGUCACAGCGCAGGUAACUGUUAAGUAUGACGCUAAGGAAAAGAUGAAGGAGAUGGUGUUUCAUUUGUUGGAUUCUGGUGCCAAAGCUACUCAGAGAGGGGUUUUUCUUCAGCUUGUUAGCACUGAUGUUGACCCUAGAACGGGAGGGCCAAAGUUGAGCAAGGAAGCUGUAUUAGACUGGUCCAGAGACCUACACAUUACCGCUGACAAAGUCAGCCACGAAGUGCAAUUUCUGGUAGAUGCGAACUUGGGGGUUCCUGGAGCUAUCCUCGUGAGCAACAAAAACCAGAAGGAGUUCUAUUUGGAAAGCAUCACCAUCGAAGGACUUGUUCAUUUUAAGUGUCACUCUUGGGUUCAACCGGAGAAGCUCCACCCGGGGAAAAGGAUCUUCUUUUCUAAUAAGGCAUUCUUACCAAGUGAAACGCCAGCAGGACUCAAAGUGUUGAGGAAAGAAGAAUUAAGGCAACUGAGGGGCAAUGGAGAAGGUGUUCGGGCAGUAUCGGAUCGAAUUUAUGAUUAUGAUGUUUACAAUGAUUUGGGACAUCCUGAUAAAGGAACAGAACAUGCAAGGCCGAUUUUAGGAGGACAACAUCGUCCUUAUCCAAGGCGUUGCAGAACCGGACGUCCCUCCACCAAGUCAGAUCCGAAGGCAGAGGGCCCGGUAAAUGAAUCCCUGCCAAUGUAUGUACCAAGAGAUGAAGCAUUUGGAGAUUUGAAGAGACAAGCAGUCGAUGCAGGAAGCUGGAAAGGCAUGGUCAACAAUUUUUUUCCUUUCCUUAAAGAUUCCUCAACUGAUGGUGGGGCUAUAACGUUCUCUGAAAUCAAUGAACUCUACAAAGAGAAUCCUUCCAAUGAGUCCCAGCGGAAAGAAUCUCCGAAGAAAGCAAGUUUCCCAAUUAAGCUUAAUAAGAUGAUCAAAGAAUCCACGGCAGAUGCUUUUAGGUUCAACCCUCCAAAUAUUGUCUCCAGGGAUGCAUCAUGUUGCUUACGAGAUGAUGAAUUUGGUCGUCUAACACUAGCCGGUAUGAACCCCUUAAGUAUUGAGAGGCUCAAGGUUUUCCCACCUGUAAGCAAACUGGAUCCGUCUCUCUAUGGUCCACGAGAGUCAGCGUUAAGAGAAGAACACAUCAUUCAUCAUCUUGAUGGGAUGUCUGUACAACAGGCAAUGGAAAAGAAUAAGCUGUUCAUACUGGACUAUCAUGAUACUUACCUUCCAUUUCUCAACAGCAUCAAUGCUCACCCUGAUCGAAAAGCCUAUGCAACUAGGACAAUUUUGUUCUUGACCCAAAUGGGAACCCUGAAGCCAAUUGCUAUUGAGCUCUGCCUCCCACCAGCGAACCCUUAUAUUCCUUCGAAGCAGGUUAUCACGCCUCCAAUUGAUGCCACCACCUGCUGGCAAUGGCAACUAGCUAAAGCCCAUGUCUGCUCAAACGAUUCUGGAGCUCACGAACUAAUUCAGCAUUGGUUGCGGACUCAUGCAUGCAUGGAACCAUUUAUUAUAGCAGCACAUCGCCAUUUAAGUGUAAUGCAUCCAAUUCACAAGCUUCUUCGUCCUCACAUGCGAUACACAAUGGACAUAAAUGCACGAGCUCGUGAGCUUCUCAUUAGUGCUGGAGGAAUAAUUGAGUCCCUCUUCUCCACUAAAGAAGUCUCAAUGGAGAUCACUUCUUUUGCUUACAAAAAUUGGCGCUUUGACAUGGAAACCCUCCCCGCAGACCUCAUUCGAAGGGGAAUAGCAGAACCAGACCCAACUGAGCCACAUGGCCUAAAAUUACUGAUCGAAGACUACCCAUACGCCAAUGAUGGGUUGCUUAUAUGGUCCGCCAUUGAGACACUGGUUAGGGACUUUGUAAAGCAUUACUACCCAAGCGCAGACCAUAUUCAAUUUGAUCCAGAACUCAACGCCUGGUACUAUGAAUUUAUCAAUGUAGGCCAUGCCGAUAUCCGCCAUGAAAGCUGGUGGCCCAGGCUUUCAACUCCCGAGGAUCUCGUCUCCAUUCUCACUACCAUUAUCUGGAUUGUAUCAGCCGAACAUGCCGCUCUGAAUUUCGGACAGUAUCAUUAUGGCGGAUAUGUCCCCGUACGUCCAUCAUAUAUGCGGCGGCUAGUGCCAAAUGAGCAUGAUCCGGAGUACGCAACUUUCCUUGCGGAUCCAGAGGGGUACUUCCUAUCAUCAUUGCCAAGUUUACGAGAAAUGACAUUUCUGAUGUCUGUGCUUGAUAUUCUAUCCACACAUUCAUCGGAUGAAGAGUAUUUAGGAGAUACGAGAGACCUAUCAACGUGGACAGAGGACUCAGAGAUUAUUGAGGCAUUCUACAGAUUUUCAAUGGAUAUGAGAAUGGUAGAAGAAGAGAUAGCAAAGAGAAACGCCGAUCCAAAGCUUAGAAAUCGAUGUGGGGCUGGGGUUUCUCCUUAUGACCUACUCGUGCCAUCCUCAAAACCUGGAGUCACUUGCAGAGGAGUGCCUAACAGCGUAACGAUAUGAGUGGGAAAUUCAUGAGAAUCAGCAUUUCACACGAACUUGCAGAAUUUUUGUACAGCAGUCGAAAAUUCUAGUACAAUA